GCUGCCGAGCGCUGCCGCCCCGGCCGCUCUCGCCCCGCCUCGCCGCUCUCGGUAAGCGACGGCCGUGCAGGGGCGAUGGGGUGGGGCGGUGGAGCCUCGUGUGUGCGGCUGCGCCGGGGCGCUCAGGCCGGGACCGCGGGCUGGUGGCGGCAGCAGUGGGUCUGCGCGUGUGCGGCGGCGGCCCAGCCAGGAGCGGCGGGCGGCGGCGUGGGACGUAGCGGUGAGGCCCGGGGAGGGUACGGGGCGAGGGGCGCAGGCAGAGCCGGCAGAGGAAUUUAGGCGUGCAGCAUCAUGGUUAUGAAAGCUACACUAGAAGAUGAUGAUUCAGGAUGGGAACUUGGUAUGCCUGACAAGAUGGAAAAGAGUAAUACCAGCUGGAUAGAUAUAACCCAGGAUUUUGAAGAAGCUUGUAGAGAACUGAAGUUAGGAGAACUGCUUCAUGACAAGCUUUUUGGUCUUUUUGAAGCCAUGUCUGCCAUUGAAAUGAUGGAUCCCAAGAUGGAUGCUGGUAUGAUUGGAAAUCAGGUUAACAGAAAGGUUCUUAACUUCGAGCAAGCUAUUAAGGAUGGCACCAUUAAAAUAAAGGAUCUCACUUCACCUGAGCUGGUAGGAAUAAUGGACACGUGUUUUUGUUGUUUGAUAACAUGGUUAGAAGGACAUUCCUUGGCACAGACAGUAUUCACUUGCCUUUAUAUUCAUAAUCCAGACUUCAUAGAAGAUCCUGCUAUGAAGGCUUUUGCUCUUGGAAUCCUGAAAAUCUGUGAUAUUGCCAGAGAAAAGGUUAACAAAGCAGCUGUUUUUGAGGAGGAAGAUUUUCAGUCAAUGACUUAUGGAUUUAAAAUGGCCAACAGUGUGACAGAUCUUAGAGUUACAGGUAUGCUGAAAGAUGUAGAAGAUGACAUGCAAAGACGAGUAAAGAGCACCCGAAGUCGACAAGGAGAAGAGAGAGAUCCGGAAGUUGAACUUGAACAUCAACAAUGUUUAGCUGUCUUCAGCAGAGUCAAGUUUACCCGCAUCUUACUCACUGUCCUAAUAGCUUUUACAAAAAAAGAGACUAGUGCAGUUGCAGAAGCUCAGAAACUAAUGACUCAGGCAGCUGACUUGCUCUCUGCCAUACACAAUUCACUGCAUCAUGGUAUGCAGGCACAGAAUGAUACCACUAAAGGAGAUCAUCCUAUUAUGAUGGGGUUUGAGCCACUGGUUAAUCAGAGAUUGCUGCCACCAACUUUCCCUCGAUAUGCAAAAAUCAUUAAAAGGGAGGAAAUGGUCAAAUAUUUUUCCAAACUAAUAGACCGAAUAAAAACUGUAUGUGAAGUAGUCAACUUAAGUAACUUGCACUGUAUACUGGACUUUUUCUGUGAGUUUAGUGAACAAUCACCAUGUGUUCUUUCAAGAUCCCUGUUACAGACAACUUUCCUAGUAGAUAACAAGAAGGUGUUCGGCACUCAUCUCAUGCAAGACAUGGUAAAAGAUGCCUUAAGAUCUUUCGUCAGUCCUCCAGUACUUUCUCCAAAGUGUUGUCUUUAUAAUAACCACCAGGCAAAAGACUAUAUUGAUUCCUUUGUCACACACUGUGUUCGGCCAUUCUGUAGUCUGAUUCAAAUCCAUGGACACAACAGAGCUCGUCAGAGAGAUAAACUAGGUCACAUCCUUGAAGAAUUUGCCACAUUACAGGAUGAGGCAGAGAAAGUAGAUGCAGCGCUUCAUAGCAUGUUACUGAAGCAGGAACCACAAAGGCAACAUUUGGCUUGCUUGGGCACCUGGGUCCUGUAUCACAACCUUCGUAUUAUGAUACAGUAUCUUCUCAGUGGCUUUGAGUUAGAACUUUACAGUAUGCAUGAAUAUUACUACAUCUAUUGGUACCUGUCCGAGUUCCUCUACGCCUGGCUGAUGUCAACGCUGAGCCGUGCUGACAGCUCUCAAAUGGCAGAGGAGAGGAUAAUGGAGGAACAACAGAAAGGCCGUAGUAGUAAGAAAACAAAGAAAAAGAAGAAAGUUCGCCCUCUCAGUAGAGAGAUCACCAUGAGUCAAGCAUACCAAAAUAUGUGUGCUGGGAUGUACAAGACAAUGAUUGCCUUUGACAUGGAUGGCAAAGUAAGAAAACCUAAGUUUGAACUGGAUAGUGAACAAGUUCGAUAUGAGCACAGAUUUGCUCCAUUCAACAGUGUUAUAACACCACCUCCAGUGCACUACCUGCAAUUUAAAGAAAUGUCUGAUUUAAAUAAGUAUAGCCCACCUCCUCAGUCAUCAGAUCUCUACAUGGCAGCUAGCAAGCACUACCAGCAAGCUAAAAUGAUUCUUGAGAAUAUUCCGAAUCCAGACAAUGAGGUCAAUCGAAUUCUAAAAGUUGCAAAACCCAAUAUUGUGGUCAUGAAGCUGCUGGCAGGAGGCCACAAGAAAGACUCUAAGGUUCCUCCAGAAUUUGACUUCUCUCCUCACAAAUAUUUCCCAGUUGUGAAGCUUGUUUGAAGUACAAGAAUUUUUUUAGAAUACCUGAAGAAUAUCUGUGUAGCAGAUACCAGCUCUAGAAGAGGGAAUAACUAGUGCUGCACUCGGACUACGAGGGACAUCCAGGAUAAAAAUACUGUAACAUGGAAUAUCUGUAGUCUGCUGCCUUUAUGUGAUUUGAAUGACAACUGCUGUUUUAAAGUGGUUUGUAUAAAGUUUAUUGGAUUUUGUGCGUGAAACUGAUUUUAAUCAACUGUAUUAUUAAAGAUAAGUUGUAUCUUA